AUGGUGACCUCCUGGGAGCAGGGGGCCAUCAGGUUGCCUAAAGACGGGAGAACUGGCCCAGAUCAGAAAGGGACCAGGUCAGGACUCCGGCACCAAUCGGUAGUGGGACUGUGCCUGGGCAAUAUAGCAAGAUCUUGGUUCUUAAAAGUAAUAAUACAGAACAGCUCAUUCCCCUCUGGGAAUGGGCUGGCUCAGGGCUACACAGUGAGGGUGGGGGCAGAGGUGGACCCCCACUUCCCUUGUUGGGUUGUCUGAGGACCCCUCUGGCCACUCCCUAGAAGAGAUGGAGGAGGACAUCUGGACAGUGAGGAGGAGGAGGCACCUCGGCCCAUGCAGAACAUCCCUGAGGACCAGGAGAGCCGGGAGGUCAGGUGGCAUUUUUCAACGACGCUGGAGCCAGUGCCCAGGAAUAGCAAAGGGUGUGCUCCCAGCCCCUGGCUCACCCAGUGGCUUCAUCUCAGAGGACCCCAGGGACUGGGGGUGAACCUGCUGGAGCUGCAGGGACAGGUGUUGUGGCUUGUGGGCGACCACAAUGAGGGGCACGACAAAUUCCUGACCACUGCCCAGAGCCCUGCUGAUCAGCCCGCUCUAGGAGCCCCAAUACCCCAGGAGCUUGGCUGUGCUGACAAGCAGGGUGAUCUUCGUGGCUGAGCCUCACUGACAGCGUGGAGCCUGCACCAGGAGAGGCCAGGGAGGGUUCUCCCCACCACAACCCCACGGCACAGCAGAUCGUGCAGCUGCCUCCUCUAACGCAGGACUCUCCAGGAGCACCGAGGCUUGCGCAGCAACCCCUGCAUGCCAUUCUUUUCACCGUGCCGAGAUCAGGGAGAUAAACAUCAUCAUCAUCUAAGAGCUGGUCAAGAAAUUUAAAAACAAACGAAAAAAGUUUAGGGGUUAAUCUCCUACACAAUUCAUUUACUUCAUUUGAAUGUUAGAGCCACUCAUGUUUAUUUGUGUUUCUAACUUAAAUUUAUUUGUAGAAAGUUAAAGGAGAGUGGGUCUUUCCCUCAUGUUCACUCUGUAUUUUGACAGUUCAAAUCACUUCACUUUUACUUGACACAUAUAAAUGACUAGGAAUGACCUUCAGAUAGUGUUUAGCAUCUGUAACCUAUCUGACAAUAAUGUGUUCAUCAGGGACCUCUGGAUUAAAUCACAUACCGGCAUAUUUAAGCUGAAUGUCAGUCUGAAAAAUAAAAGUGCUAUAUUAACUGAAA